CCCUAAUAUAAAACCUAGUGACCAGUAUGCUGCUCCACAUUAUCUUCACUCCUCCCAUAGGACCAAAAUACAGACACACUGGGACCUGGAUCCACAUUUUCUGAGCAGCUGUGACGGUGCCAAGAAUGGCUUGUUUUCGUGUGGUAGUUUUGGUGCUCUUGGUUGUCCUCCUGAUGAACGGUAAGUCUUGAUUUCUACACCUCUUGCAACUAAAAUCUGCUUUCUUGGGUUUAUUUAGAAUAAAAUUCAUUGUUUAUAGCCAAGGACAUUGACAUUAAACAUGGUUUUGAUAUUUCCUGUGAUUACAGCUGUGGAGAAUGAGGCUGCAUCCUUUCCUUGGUCCUGUCCAAGUCUGAGUGGAGUGUGUAGAAAAGUUUGCCUCCCAACAGAGAUGUUCUUUGGACCUCUGGGCUGCGGAAAAGGCUUCUUGUAAGUCCUGAUUCCCAGAUGCACUAUGUGGAGAUAUUGUGCCUUUUUAUCUGCAAUUGAAAUGUGAUGGAUUGUUUCUUAUUUAUUCUCAGGUGCUGUGUGUCCCAUUUUCUUUGAUGGGAUCAGAAAGCAUCUGGUCAGUCUUGGUAUUUCUGAACAAUGUCAUUCAGCAGCGAUAGAAGACCUGCAGAGUGUCACAGAAGAUGAGACUGACACUAACAGUUGUGUUGGGAAUCAUUUUUGGCUUUUUUUCCUGAUGUAUCAUGGUGGACUUUUACCUCUAACUCUGUAGUUUUUUGCUAAUUUUCAUGCAAAUAAAGGUAAUAAAUCAGAGUCAGAAUCAGAAUACUUGAUCUAUCCCAGGGGGAAAUUAAAUAGCUUUUCACCUCCUUGGCUUGGAUAAUAUUUCACUUUAAUUUUGAUCUAGAGAUUAUAAGAUUAUAAGCCUGGUUCAGAGCCAUUUGUCUUUUACACUUUCUGUUCUGGUCUGCAUUUGGUCUGUUUAAUUUACAUCUUAUUCAUAAUUUUACACUUUUGAUCCAAAUAUUUACUCUUAGUUUAGUACACCUUGAAUUUGAUACUGAAAUAUGUAUUUGACUUCUCACUACAUAGCAUUUUACACCCUGUGUUUCAGACUUAUACUAAAAUGAUUAAACAGUAGAAUUAAUAAAACUUGUAUUGAUUCAAUUUAAGUUUCCCAUAUUGUGUCUGUACUAUUUCUAAUGUUUAAUUCCUUGCUAUCAUUGUCAAUUGUCAAUUUUAAAGAUCAACUUUAACAUUAUCUCUGUCAUAGUUCUGACAAAGGCUCACUCUUAUGUAAUUUUUAAUUGCAGAUUUUUUUUAAAUCUUCAAAAUAAAUGAUUAUGAUUUUAAAAUAAUCAAUGGCCAACGAAGCAGGUGAUAGCCAACUCUUGUUCUACCUCCAAUAGAAAAAACAAAAUUAUGAAACGUGAGAAAAAAAGACUUGAAAACCAUUCAAAUGAAAACUGCUGGGUGUGAAAGGCCAGUGCGGUGCCACUUUCCAAUUUAGGCUGACACACUCCUCCAACUGUAUUUGUAAACCAGCCAAUGCAAAAGAGCAGCACUCCAUGUCAGAAGCUGUGUUGCGUCAGAGUGCUAAAAUGCCUGCAGCUAAUGGUGAGAAAAGAGGUGCAGAAAAGCCUUGAAGGAAGAACAAAAAUAACCAAGUUUUGCAGCUCUGUUUGUGUUAAAUAACUGACUGUCUAAAUAAAAAAUUUAUUCGU